AUGUCUCCAGUUCCUUCAGGACUGUCACGCUCUGAGGUCGACAAUCACGUUGUCGACCAGGGAGUCUUUUCUAAAGGACAUCAGAGUUUGAGCAACCUUGACGAGAAUCCUCUGCGUCGUGCUUGGAGGGGCGAUAAGGAGGAAAGGGUUCAAUGGAGCUCGGUACCUAAGUUCGAGAGUCCUUACGAAGAGCGUGAAUGGGUCAAGGAACAUAUGGCGGCCGCCUUUCGCUACUGGGGAAAAUUGGGCUAUGCGGAUGGUAUCUCGGGUCAUAUCACAGUGAAGGAUCCCGUUCUUCCUGGGCACUAUUGGAUGAAUCCAUUCGCGGUGCACUUCUCUUCAAUGACCAAAUCCAAACUCGUGCUCGUCAGCCCUGACGGCUACGUCACUGAACACGGAGCCCAGCUGCCCAUCAACGCCGCGGGAUUCUACAUCCACUCGGCAAUCCACAAGGCACGUCCUGACAUCAAGGCUGCGGCCCACUGCCAUUCAAUUCAUGGCAGAGCCUGGUCCGCGUUUGGCCUGCCCAUAGAGACCCUCACGCAAGAUGCGUGCUUGUUCUACGAUAACCUCGGUGUCUACAAGAACUUCGGCGGCAUAGUAUUGGCAAAGGAAGAGGGCGAGAAUAUCGCCGCAGCCCUUGGGCCAAAAUUCAAGGCUUGCAUUCUUCAAAACCACGGCCUCCUAACCCUUGGAACUACCGUCGAUGAGGCCGUCUACAAUUUUUCUUCACUUGAGAGGCAAUGCCAAGUCCAGCUAUUGGCCGAGGCGGCUGCUGCGAACGGCCGUAAGAAGACUGUCAUUUCGGAGGAAGAUGCGCAAUUUACCGCCAAUACACUGCAAUGGUGGGAAGUGAGUUAUACCAAUUUCCAACCGGAAUAUAACCUUCUGUUAGAGGAGACUAAUGGGGCGUUCCUGCGAUGA